UGGUUUAAUUUACCGUGUUGAUUCUAAGCCCAAGAGAAGGUUUCUAUUGAUUAGAGUGUUUAAUUUGCUGUUUUUGCAAACGGGUUGCCCAAAGUAUUGAUUUUUAGUUACUAGCCAUCGCAGAUAAUGGAGGGGAGAUUGGCUAAUAUGUGGAGGUUGACUGUGAACGAGAGUAAAUUCGUGGAAACUGCGUUGCAAUCUGAACUCAGGGUCGAUGGUCGUGGCCUUUAUGAUUACCGGAAGCUUACUAUUAAGUUUGGCAAAGAAUAUGGUAGCUCGGAAGUUCAACUUGGUCAGACUCAUGUAAUGGGUUUUGUGACUGCUCAGUUGGUACAACCUUACAAAGACAGACCUAAUGAAGGUUCUCUAUCUAUCUUCACGGAGUUUUCUCCAAUGGCUGAUCCGUCUUUUGAGCCUGGUCGUCCUGGCGAAUCUGCUGUGGAGUUGGGACGCAUUAUCGACCGUGGUCUAAGAGAAAGCCGUGCGGUAGAUACCGAGUCACUCUGCGUUCUAGCUGGAAAGAUGGUUUGGUCUGUUCGUAUUGAUCUUCAUAUCUUGGACAACGGAGGGAACUUGGUUGAUGCUGCAAAUAUUGCUGCUUUAGCAGCUCUCAUGACGUUUAGGAGACCCGACUGCACGGUAGGAGGAGAGAACGGUCAAGAAGUGAUCAUACAUCCACCAGAGGAAAGGGAACCACUUCCAUUAAUAAUACAUCAUCUCCCAAUAGCUUUCACGUUUGGAUUCUUUAAUAAAGGCAACAUUGUGGUGAUGGACCCAACUUAUGUUGAAGAAGCGGUUAUGUGUGGGAGAAUGACUGUGACAGUUAAUGCCAAUGGCGAUAUAUGCGCAAUCCAAAAACCGGGAGAAGAAGGCGUGAACCAAAGUGUAAUCCUUCAUUGCCUGCGUCUAGCUUCUUCAAGAGCUGCUGCAACAACAAAGAUCAUUAGAGAAGAAGUUGACGCAUAUAACCGUGAGAGAAGCUUACAGAAAGUGAAGCGACAUCCCACUUUGGCUAAAUCUGAAGUUUCUGGACCUACUGUAGCUGUGAAGGAGGAAUAUAGGAAGUCCUCAGAUCAGGAAAAAGCUGCAGAGAUAUCUCGGGAACAUGUUGAAAGACUCAAGCUCUCUUCAGAGGAACUAAGAAGCAGCAAGGAACAAGAAGCUGCCAAUUUUAAAGGCGGUCCCUCAAAUUGGGACCCUGACUCAGAAGCUAUGGAUGUUGAUUCACUGAAAGUUUCUCUUGCUUCAAAAGCGGAUUCCAUUACUAAGUCAUCGAGCACGAAGAAAACGAGUGGCUCUGGAAAUGCGCAGAAGGAUGGUGGUGAGAUUUCAGUUGAGGAAGUAACCGGAGAUUUAGGGAAGAAGGAUACAAAACACAAGGAUGGAGAGAUGACACUUAAAGAUGCUUUCGAUAACAUCGCCUCCCAUGUUUUGGCCAAAGUUGAGGUCUUGACCAAUCUAUCAAACCUCGACGCAGCCGCUGAAUACGCGCGUCUCGCUGUCUUGUCCGUUCCCAAAAGCACUGAAAACUUUAAAAUCAAAACCCAAAUCGCCGAGACUUGCCGUCUUAUCAUCGGCGCAAUGUGCGGGAAGAAACGAUAUGAGGAGGCAUACGAGCUAUUCCAUUACUUCUUCAACGUUAACAAUGUAGAACCAGACUUCGGUUGCUGCAGUUACGUCGUCUCUGCUCUAAGCCAUCAAGGUCGUCUUGACGAGGCUAUUCGAUUUUACCGCCGCACAAUCCGUUACGCUCAUUUUAUCCCAGAUUACAAUACUUUGAUGAACGCGUUGAUUGAUGCCGGAAGAGUCGACGAAGCUUACAGUCUCUUCUUUGGCGGGUUCACGUACCCUGUUUUUAUUCGCGGUUUUUUGGCUCAUGGGAACAUGGACAAGGCAAAUGAACUUUUCCAAGAUCUGAAGCAGCAUCGUGAUGAGAGUUAUUCAGACCAUGAUUUUGAGAUGUCGCAAGUGGCAUACAUGGAGCACUGUUUUAAGCAAGGGAAAGACGAGGAAGCCAUGGAAUGGUACCGUUCUGUAUUAGCCAAAUACUCUUUGAACAAGGAUGAUGAGCAAGGCACGGUAGCUAAGUGGAAACCCAAAAUUUGGCAUAAGCGUGCGGACACUGUUAACACAGUCUUGGAAGUUUUGCUCAAGUACGGUAAGAAGACGGAAGCUUGGUCGCUCUUCGACAAGCUGUGUGGGAAUAGCGACAUAGAAAAAAAAGAAGCAUACGAGUGGUCGGAUCAAGAGACUCGUCGUAUAAUGAUCCGCGAGUGUUUCAAAACGGGGGAGAUUAGCAAAGCCAUGGAGCUUGCCCGGAAGGAAGCUAGGGCUGGGUGUUACACGACCCUAGUCGAGAGAUUGGUGAGACAGGGGAUGAUGUCUGAGGCAGAGGAGAUGUUCAACGAAAUCUUCUCCUCCUCCGAUAGAAUUCCCAGGUAUUCUGAUAUAUGGAUACAUCGAAUGAUGGUAGAUGGCUUUGCUAAAGAAGGGAGAUUCGAUGAUGCCCACCGAUUUGUUAACAAGAUUGCCGAUAUUUCUCUGGGUCACGCUUCAAGACUCGUUCACUGCUCAUCAUCUACUGGCCGAGAUUUCCUUAUCUAAGAUACAUUUAUGUGUUUGAUCUAAAAAAAGAUACAUUUAUGUAUCAUAUUAUUAUCUACGUUGGAAACAGAUUUGUACUUUAUGAACUAAUUGUUACAUUUUUAUAAGAUUGAGGUAUAUGUGUGUGUACUGAGCGUUGCGAUGACCAAAUAAACAAACCAAGUCAAA